GGAUGACGUCAGAGCAGUAGAGAGGAGCGUGCGCCGCGGCCGGCCCAGCUGUGUGUGAGUGGCCUUGAGGUGACAGUCGCUAGCUUUCACACAUCAAGGAAGUGGAGGAUAUGUCGUUCCACUGAAGGCAGAAGCAGAAACAGACACAAAGCCGUCGAAUUUUAUGUAAGAGGGAGGAUAUGUCGUUCAACUGAAGGCAGAAACACACACAAAACCGUUUUCCGUAACGUCACGAGACUCCUGAUAUUUCCAUCCAGCUCCAGUGCUCAUUGUGGCCGCCAUGAGCCGUGGCAGCACCACCAUGUCUGCAUGUACCACAUCAGGCUCUUCAGCGUGAGCUCACAUCAGCUGCCUGUCAUUGAUUGUCAAACCUGUGCCUAAACAUGGCCACUGUUCCUCCUGGGAUCCGCCUGUUGGUGUCCUUCGACAGGGACCAGUGGUACAGAGCUCUCACCUUCAUCCUCACCUUCCUGCUCUACACCAGCUUCCACCUCUCCAGGAAACCCAUUAGUAUCGUCAAGAGCGAGCUCCAUAAGAACUGCUCAUCUGUCAGUGAGCUAGCCACCAUUGCCUCCAGCAACGGCAGAGGCAGCCAGCAGCCCUCCCUGACAUCUCUCCACACAGACAUGGACUGUAGCUGGAAGCCUUUUGAUAAAAGGAACUACAAACAGCUGCUUGGAGCCAUGGACUACUCCUUCCUCUGUGCCUAUGCAGUGGGAAUGUACCUCAGCGGCAUCAUCGGGGAGCGCCUGCCCAUUCGACUGUACCUAACAGUGGGCAUGCUGACCAGCGGCCUGUUCACCUGCCUGUUUGGACUGGGUUAUGUCUACAACAUCCACAGCCUGGGCUUCUAUAUAUUUGUCCAGGUGGCCAAUGGCUUGGUCCAAACCACUGGCUGGCCCAGUCUAGUGACCUGCAUCGGCAACUGGUUUGGAAAAGGAAGGCGUGGACUCAUCAUGGGGCUGUGGAACUCCCACACCUCAGUGGGAAACAUCCUGGGCUCUCUGAUCGCCGGCUACUGGGUCUCCUCCAACUGGGGCCUGUCCUUCAUCGUACCAGGUCUCAUUAUCGCAGCUAUGGGUGUUGUCUGCUUCCUCUUCCUCAUUGAGCAUCCAAAUGACCUGAAAAGCAUGUAUGCUCAAAAUUCUUGUCCAGGCAAGAGUGUCCCAACCAAGAGUUGGAAUGGCGUAAAUGGACACACUGAGGUGUAUCUGCAAUACAAGGGCAACAAAACCCAGAGUUACGACACAGAGCUGUUGUUGCCCAGGGACAGUGUGUGUGUCCCCGUGCAGCCCGUCGUAGUGGUGAAGAGGGAAUCAGAGCCGUCUGCCAUCAGCUUCAUGGGAGCUCUACGCAUACCAGGAGUGAUCGAGUUCUCUCUGUGUCUGCUGUUUGCCAAGCUGGUCAGCUAUACCUUCCUCUUCUGGCUGCCACUCUACAUCACCAAAGCAGCUCACCUAGAUGCCAAGAAGGCUGCAGAUCUCUCCACCCUGUUUGAUGUAGGAGGAAUAGUGGGGGGGAUCUUGGCAGGAGUGAUUUCUGAUAAAUUGGGGAAGAGAGCCACCACCUGUGCAGUCAUGUUGCUGCUGGCUGCUCCCACACUGUAUGGCUUCUCCAUGAUCAGUGAGUUCGGUUUGGGUCCAACCAUUGGCAUGCUGUUAGUGUGUGGAGGUCUAGUCAAUGGACCUUACUCCCUCAUCACAACCGCAGUGUCUGCUGAUUUGGGGACCCACAAGAGCCUGAAAGGCAACGCAAGAGCAUUGUCUACUGUCACUGCCAUCAUCGAUGGCACAGGAUCUGUAGGUGCAGCACUGGGCCCCCUGCUGGCUGGGCUGUUGUCUUCAGGAGGCUGGAAUCAGGUCUUCUACAUGUUGAUGACUGCUGACUUCCUUGCUCUGUUGCUUUUGCUACGGCUUGUGACAAAGGAGCUGGCCUCAACUAAAUCCCGUCCUAUCUCCACUGUAGAGUUGAAGGAGCACUGAGCACUUUGAUUGUACUGCUUCCUUGUCUAAGCCUGAAAUGGACUGUGGCUCUGACAAUAACUGGACUGUCCUGGGCAUGAGACAUUAACAGACACAUGUUAAUAAAGAAACAUGUGUGUAUGUGUGUAUACACACUGCUGUGCCAGCUACAGUAGUUGCUGCAAACAAGACUGUACUUGCAUCCCUGAGGAAGAACUGAAGUUGAAGGUGUGGCUGGUGAACCAAACAGAACUGCAGCAGAUUUCAUCUAGAGGAUUCAUCUGCACAUACUGUACCUGCACACAGAAAUGCACAUGUACUUAACGUCCUUGUCUCUUUCUCACCUCUUGCUCUGUUGACCUAUUUCCUAUGGCAGCCAAUUUGAGCUUGAACACACUACCUUCUACUACUCAAAGGAUUAUCAGAUUUAUAAAACUAGCCUUACUUUGACAUGUAGAUUAGUACUUUAGAUAAACUAGAAGUGACAGUUAUUUAUCUUGGAUAGCAAUCUUUGAAACAGCAACUUCCAUGACUGCGUUCUCAUGGAUCCUACUAUAGUUAUGGGCAGACUCUUCUUAUUCUUAUCCUUAUAACCACACCAAACCCUGACCUAACCGUAACAUCUCUAACCUUAACAGUCAAGUUUAUAUCUACACUUAAUCAUCUAAACUAUUAUACCUAAGGGACCAUUUUUAAUUUUACUAUUCUAAACCCAGCCUUCCAGUGGGACCAUGGUGGCAUCUACCCUGGUUUUAGACCUUUGAAUCACGCCCAUGCCUGCCAAUUUUAGGCUUUCUAAUAGAUUUAGUGUUGUGCUCAUUGAUGUCUUGAAAAAACAACCAAGCCAAUCAGAGCUUUCAGGAGGGAUUUAAAAUUGGGUCGUCAGAAUUGGGUUCCUUUGCCAGACCCCAAAAAAUGGCAACUUAAAUCAAUAAUAAUACUAAGGGCAAAAUGCCUGAAACAAAAUGCAAAUUCAGUCUGUUCGUCAGGGAUCCAUCAUGUUGUUUUAAUUUUGUGAGAAAGUGCUCGUUAGCUAGUAGCUGCCAAGCUACACUUUUUAAAUAAUCACUUUGCAUAUGUUUUAUGAGGAAGAAAAUACAUUCAACACUUCUGUUAGGCCUCAAGGAUAGAUAUAAUGCAUUUUGGUGAGUUUUGUUGUUUGAAAACUCCACAUGGCACAUUUAAGGUUAGUUCACCCAAAAUCUCACUUACCUUGAGUUGUGUGUUAGGUCAGAUAAUUUUGGUUUUAUUUGUCCAAGUUUUCAGAUAUCAGUCUUUAAGAUUUCUGCCUCCACCCCAGUAUAAUGGAGAUGAAUUUAAAUUUCGUUUGUAGUGCUUACACCAUUGAAAAAUGAUGAUAUUCAACAGCAACAUCUUUCCAGAAACAGUGUCCCUGUUGACAUUGUGUCAUAGGGACUGUUUCUUCCAAAGAAAGUAGUUGAACUUAAAACUGUUGACAGCUUGUUCUGUGAAUUAUCUAGGAUAACAGGAACACUGCACAUACCAAGACCACUACAACUCUCUACUGUGUGGAAGUUGCUGUUUCAGUGUCACCUUUGCCUUACUGAACCAAAGAGAUUGUGGGGUUCAUGUUGUAAUUUAAAUAAGAGACUAUUUAUUUUGAAAGUCAUUUGUUAUUCCUGUCAGUUUUUGUGGUGGUUUCUGAUUUUCUGAAUUUGUUAUGAAAUGAAGGCACCAAAGUUGUAUUUUUAUAUAAAACUUGCAGAUAAUAAUGUAUGUUUUUUCUGUCUGGAUAGGUGGGUGGGGGAUCUGAGAUAUAAUGAAUGUAAAGUUCCUCUAACUUGUCAAACCACAUAUGGAUAUAUUUUGCAAUGCAAUGUUGAUAAAUUAGGUUGGUGUUGAAAAAAGUAAUCAUAGUGACUGAAUCUUAUCUCAGAAUGUAAAAUAGGAAUAUCAGUGAAUUUAACACUUCUUCCCAUAUCUGAUCUUAUAAGCAUAAAAAAUCCUGUUGUUGAAAAUUGUAAAACUAAGACACUAAAAGUUCAUAGUUAGUGAUUCUUUUUCCAGAUUAGUUUAAUAAUUAUAAUUACAUUCUGUUUAUGUAAACUGUACUAGAAUAAAAUCCACAAAAUACAAACAACUGGUAAUGUUUAAACUUCAUGGAGGUAGCAAUGAGACAACAUUAUGCCUUCGUUAGAGCAAGACCUCAUGCUGUGUAUAGUUAUGUGUCAGUACUUGAAACAUUGUGUGCCUUGUUUGUUGUUUGUCUCUUUGCUGGGCAAUUGAUUUUGUUAAAAAAAAAACAUAUCCAAAUGUUUCCUUGUUUCUUUACAAAUUAACUUGGUUUGGGGAUAGUUCACUCCCAAAGUAUUGUGGGGGGAAAAUAAACAAUUUGUUUUCUUCA